GUACUAGUUAGACACUCCCUCUGUCAAAAUUAGCCCUCCCUUUGAAAGCUGGUCGCAUAGUUGUGACGUCAGGGCUUCCCAUGCCGGCCAGUUUUGGGUUUGUCCUGGGUUCGGGAUGUUGUGUUUGCGGAGAGUGUUAUGUGACGUUUGGGUUCGGGGUAUACCGGCAAACCUCGGGCCCUUGUGUGUAGGGAGUCGUUCCUUGGUGAGUCAGAGAGCAGUGACAGGCAAUGGCGCCCCAGACUCCCGGACUUGCCUUUCCCUUCUUGUUAGGAAUUAUGCUCAGACAAGGAGGAGACAAGAAAUACCGAGCCAGCUGGAUGACUUGCCAUCCACAACGCUAAAGAUGGACUAUAAAGGUGUACAGUUAUCAGAGGCUGUUGAUGGUGUUGUUAAAAGACUGCUGACCCUGGAAAUGGCAAGUCAGGCAGAAAAGCUGAAAAUCAAAACCCAGCAGCUGGUGGACAAGGUGAAGCGAGACCCUCGUGAUACUAGAUCCCCGGAAGUCCGGAUUGCUACUUUAACAGCCAAAAUUAGAAAUUACCGGGAACACAUUCAGAAGCACCCCAAGGAUAAAGCAAACAAACGCAAGAUGCUGAUGGCCAUCGAUAAACGCAAAAAGUUGCUUAAGAAUCUGCGCCGUACACGGUAUGACACAUUUGAGCAUGUAUGUGCACAGCUUGGCAUAGAGUACACCUUCCCUCCUGAAUAUUACAGACGUGCUACACGUAGGUGGUUGGCCAAGAAAGCUUUAUGCUUAAAGGUAUAUAAUGAGGCAAAGAGACUGCAAGCUGCUGGACUGCUUAAAAAAAGAAGAUCCUUGUCACAAGUUCGGUCUAAAGAAGCACAAGGAACUCCAGUGUGACAUUACCUCACAUAGACAGAAGUCAUGCAAAAGUAACCAUUGAUACAUCUUUCUUGAAAAAUACCUGUUGUCAUUGCCAAGACCAUCCGUGACUGUCUCGGUGAUCAGAAUCCAAAGCUCUUAUGGUUAAAAUAAAGUAUAUAUUGAUUUGUAUUACA